AUGAUGAAUUUAGCCGAUGUUUUAUUGGCAAUAAACGAACUUGAAAUAGCCAGAACUUGGUUUGAUCGCGCAUGUGAAGCAGGUAAUCUUUAUGCUCAAGCACAACGAAAUGAAUUUGAAUCACGUCUACGUCAAAAACAGCAAACAAAUGUAAACUCUUCACAUAAUUUUUCACAAACUAUGAAAGAAGUAAAUAUUUUUUCUGAUUUCAUCCAAGCAAUUACGAUGAUGGAUAGCCUUUCCCAUAAAUCAAGCAUCUAUGAUCUCAAUACACUCAUUGAACAUGCGGAACGUGGUUCACAGACAGCUGAAAAACUAUCCAAUGCUCUACGACAUUGUAAUGUUGCAUUAAAUAUCCUAAUGCAAUCCGAAUCAUUAUCGAAUGAACAAGAAACUUUAUUUAUACAUGAAUUUGCGCAAUGCUGUCGCAUCGAACAUAUUGCUGCUGAAAUUCCAAGUAUAGAAAUCGAAAAAAGAAUUAUACGUAUCAUUGAUCGAGUAUUUGAUCGUUGCAGUUAUGAUUCAAAUAUUGUUAAUUCACAGUUAGAUGAAGAUGUUCGAGUGUGUUAUGUUGUCUUACAUAUGGAUGAACCCGAAUUAAAUCUUCGAUUUCUCGAUUCAUGCAAGCAAAAUUAUCCGAAAUCGCUCAUUUUUCACGAAUUUCAUGCUGCUAUGAACGUUCUAUUAGGACGCUUUGAAGAAGCUUUAAAUGAUGCCCACGCUGGUUUGAAAAUAGAUCCAAAUUAUUACGAACUUUUAUUCAUCAAAGCUAGUCUGUUCGUGUGCCUGAGGAAAAAAAUGAACGAAGUCAUCGAAGCAUAUCAAGAAUUUCUGGCUGUUGCACCAAAAGAUCAUUGCAGAGUGCCUGAAUCAUACUAUUCGAUGGCUAGCUACUAUUUAGCAUGUACCGAAGAUGAUAAUGCCAUACGUUUAAUUAAGGAAUUAUAUCAGCAAGGUGAGGAAGCAGAAAAAAUACAAUUACCAUGCUUUUUGCCUUAUGAAUCGGAGAAAAAAAUGAGGGUGUGGGUGUGGUUGCGUGCAUGGGUUUCGGGGUUCGGCUGUUGGUUGGAGUUUAGUUUUUUCUUACACCCACACCCACACCCACACCCCGCACCCCGCACCCACACCCACACCCACAUCCAUACACACACCCACACCCUCAAUAUGUCAAAACUCGAAAUGUUCUCUUAUAAUCAGUUUAUCUCUAUGACCAGUUAUAAACGAACAUUUUGAAUCAUGUAAUACAUGAGAAGUUUCUCUUGAAAAAAAAAUUGUUCUUCAAGAAAUAUCUAGUUUUGGACACACCUGAUAUUCCACUAGCCAAUGUGAAAAAUUGAAUGUUGUUUUUUAAAAGUUAAGCUUCUAUCAAAAAUCGAUUCUCUUGAUUCGUAAUUUAAAUCAUAAAUUAAUCAAGAUAUCGUCAUUCGAUAUUUUUUGAGUUUACAUUAUUUUUUGGAAGAAAACAAAACUUCUGAAAUAAAUAGACGAAUAAAUUUAAGAAAAUCUAGAGAUUGUGGGUAUGUUUUUAUUGUAAAUCCACACUGACAUUUGCACAUCUAUAAUUGGAUAUUCUGCAAUGUCUAAUAAAUCUGCAAUAUUCACUAUGGGAAUAUUUUUAUUGAUACGUGAUCAAUUGCAAAAGAAUGUUGGAAGUUUCUUGGAAGCUUUAAUUAUAUGGGAACUGUCAGGGAGCCUUAACUACUUUGUAAAACUUGAUCAAUACACUGUACACAAUACUCCGAAUUUUGCUGAAGAUGAUCUUUGAACAAGAUCGAAACGUGUCCUCAGUAAAAGCUUGAUUUCUCAAUAGAUUCAAUCAUGACCACAUCGGCAUCCAAUGUGACUAGUUAUGAGUCACAGUAGCAUUUUCUGAUGCAAAUAAGUUGUCUUAAAGUCUUCACAUGCAGUUAAAUGUAUCGAAUAAAUAUCGAGUGAUGAAUAAAAAUUUCCUACCACUUUCCUGUAGUGAACAAGUUAAGAAUAUUUUGAAAAGCAUGAGAAGAUGUCAUGCUGGUUUUUUCUUGUUCGUAGAAUAAAGCUAGCACUACUCUUAUCAUAGGUGAAUGUUGGUCUUCUCUUUCAAGAUGAUUUGUUACUAUUCUUUAGAGACAAAAUAAAAUAAAUGGAUUUAAUCUGUGACUUCUUAUAUAAAGGGUGAUCCAUAAGUCUUAGGCCCUCUCAGAAAAAAUUGUUGUUUUCUAUUUAUUACGAAUUCAAA